AUGGACUGGAAGAAUCUACAGGCGCUCCUGAGCGGAGUCAACAAGUACUCCACGGCUUUUGGCCGUAUCUGGCUCUCGGUGGUCUUUGUCUUCCGCGUGCUGGUGUACGUGGUGGCAGCGGAGCGCGUGUGGGGAGAUGAGCAAAAGGACUUCGACUGCAACACGCGCCAGCCGGGCUGCACCAACGUCUGCUACGACCACUACUUCCCUAUCUCCAACAUCCGCCUGUGGGCCCUGCAGCUCAUCUUCGUCACCUGCCCCUCGCUGCUGGUCAUCAUGCACGUGGCCUACCGGGAGGAACGGGAGCGGCGACACCGAGAGAAGCACGGCGACAAAUGUGCUCGGCUCUAUGACAAUGCCGGCAAGAAGCAUGGCGGUCUCUGGUGGACCUACCUGCUAAGCCUCUUCUUCAAGCUCAUUGUGGAAAUCGUCUUCCUCUACAUUCUGCAUACGCUGUGGUACGGCUUCUCCUUCCCCCGCCUGGUGCAGUGUGCGGGAGUGAGCCCCUGUCCCAACACAGUGGACUGCUACAUCGCCAGGCCCACGGAGAAGAAAGUCUUCACCUUCUUCAUGGUGGGUGCCUCGGCCAUCUGCAUCAUCCUAACCAUCUGUGAGAUCUGUUACCUCAUCUGUCAGAGGAUACUGAGAAGCUUGCGCAGAGUCAAGCGCAAGGGAGCUACUCUGCACUCGCCCUCCUCCAGCAGGGCAUCCACCUGCCGCUGCCACCACCUGCUGCCGUCCCAUGGGGGUGAGGAGGGCAUGAGUCCAAGCAAGGGGGCAGAGGCACUUCGGGCAUCUGCCCCCAACCUGACUCUCAUCUGA